UGCUCAUCAAUGUCACCUAUCAGUGUCACAUCAAUGCCACAUAUCAGUGCCUAACAGUGCACAUCAAUGCCACCUAUCAGUGCCAGUCAGUGCCACCUAUCAGUGCUGCCAUUCAGUCCCACCUAUCAGUGCGCAUCAGUGCUGACUAACAGUGUGCAUCAGUGCAGCCUAUCAGUGCCCAUCAGUGCUGCCUAUCAGUGCCACCUAACAGUGCCAGUCAGUGCCGCCUAUCAGUACCAGUCAGUACAGCCUAUCAGUUCCACCUAUCAGUGCCAUAUAUGAGUGCUGCCUUUCAGUGCCCAUCAGUGAUGCCUGUCAAUGCCCAUCAGUGCCACCUACCAGUGCCUCCUCAUCAGUGCCACCUAUCAGUGCCCAUUAGUGCCACCUAUCAG